UCUGUGGACUGUGUUUAACCUAUAAUAAACUUUAUAAGUGUUAAACUACAGCAUAUUAUUUAAUAGCCCCAUAGCUACAAAUUUGGUGACUUUCCGACGUUAGAACUGAGUGCAGUGCAGUGUUAUAGUAUCUGUGUGAACUUUGAUCGCUAUAAUAAAGUGCGGAAUAAGUUAUCAUGCCAACGACGGCAAGUGAUACUAAUACUACGUCUACUCCACCGGUUGUUAGUUUGCCGAGGACAUUGGAUUCGACCGUUAGUGCAGUUGGCGUUAAAGUUCCGCCAUUUUGGGCCGAGGAACCGGCUUUGUGGUUUGCCCAGUUGGAGGGACAGUUUAGUUUGGCGAAUAUUGUGUCCGACUCGACUAAGUUUUAUCAUGUCGUCAGCAACCUCGAGCAUAAAUAUGCAGCGGAGGUCAAGGACAUAAUUACCAAGCCGCCGGCGACGGAAAAAUACGACAAACUAAAAUCUGAGCUAGUUUACCGAUUGUCCGUGUCCAAGGACAAGCGAGUGGAGGAGUUGGUGUCUCAAGCUGAACUGGGUAAUCGUAAGCCCUCGCAGUUUUUACGACACCUACGUGACCUGGCCGGUACCGACUUAUCGGACGACUUUUUGCGCAGCAUAUGGGCUAAACGUUUACCGCCGCAUGUGCAAACCGUUAUUGCUACGAUGUCAGAUGCCAGUUUGGACAAGGUUGCCGCGCUGGCCGACCGAGUGAAUGACAUUGUAGUACACACACCUCACGUUGCGGAAGCUUCUGGGUCGGCUGUUCCUGUUCCCGUGCCGUCAUCUGCACCGAGCUCUAUGGAGGAACGUCUCAACCGCCGUAUAGAUGACCUUGUGCGGCAAGUAGCUGCCUUAACGACUGGAAAUUCCCGUGGGCGAGCUACAUCGCGCUCGCGCUCCAGGGGACGUCUCAGCUCUCGCUCAAGGAGUCGCGCGGGGGACAACGGCAGAUGCUGGUACCAUGACAGAUUCGGUCCCCGUGCAACUAAGUGUCGCGCGCCGUGCAGCUGGACCGAGGGAAAUGCCAGUGGCGGUCACUAAUGACGACGAGUGAUUGCCAGGUUUCCCCAGGUCGUCUUUUCGUCACCGACAAGAACACUAAACUGACAUUUUUAGUAGAUAGUGGCUCUGAUCUUUGUGUUUUUCCUUUUACUUCUGUAAAUCCUCAGUACCGCACUAAAGAUAAAUACCAAUUAUUUGCUGCUAAUGGUACCCCUAUACCUACUUAUGGCUCAAUUAGUCUUACGCUUGAUUUUGGCUUACGCCGUGCUUUUCAUUGGCGUUUUAUCUUGGCCGAAGUGACAAAGCCUAUUAUCGGCGUAGAUUUUUUAGCUUUUUAUAAUUUGGUAAUAGAUGUUAGGCAUAAACAGCUUAUAGAUUAUUGUACUCUGCUUACUGCUCGUGCUUAUUCAGCCUCUUCUUGCUCUGUGAGCAGCAUUAAGUCGAUUGCAGGUACAACGGCGUAUCACGAAAUACUGCAGCAGUUUCCUGAAAUUACGAGGCCUGUGGGUGACCCGACGGAGCGAACCGUGAAGCACAAUACGGUUCACUAUAUCCGUACCACCCCUGGUCCGCCGGUGUACUGUCGUCCUAGACGGUUGGACGCAGAGCGGCUCAAAAUAGCCAAGCAGGAGUUCGACGAUAUGGUGCGUACAGGUAUAGCACGUCGCUCCGAUAGCCCCUGGUCGUCGCCUCUUCACAUGGUCCCCAAAAAGAACAACGGCUGGCGGCCUUGCGGCGACUAUCGCGCGUUGAACGCCCGCACCAUACCAGAUAGGUAUCCUGUUAGGCAUC